AUGAGCCCAGCCUCGGCCACCUCUGGUGUCAAGCGCAGCUCGCAGCUUGUGGCCGGACCGCUCUCCAAUAUUGCACCACGCCGCAGGGAUGCGUUGAAAGUUUUCCGAACCACAGGCUUGAAUUGGAGACCGGUUGACGUCCUCGCAGCUAUCGCCGAUGGCAUACUUGAUCCUAUUGAGUGGGCGAAGCAGUAUAUCCUGAAAUUGUGA